AUGAAGGUCACACAUGGUUCUGAGUUUUUCAAGGAGACCAAAUCAGAAAGCAGAGAGUCGUGUGUUCUCAGUAGGGCUCGAGCUAUUCCAAUUUGUCAUUGUGGAGAUGAUGUUGUGCUUCAUAGGGUAAACACUAAGAAGAAUUUCGGAAAGAAAUUUUGGGGAUGUCACGAUUACAAGGGGUCUGAGCAAAGAGGUUGUGGUUUUUUCAAGUGGUUCCAUGAGGAAUUUGUGGAAGACAAAUGUCAAGAUUUGUUGAAUAAGCUGGAAAUCUUAUCAAAGGAUUUUGAAAAACUGAAGAGUAGAAAUGAGGAAUUAGGGAAUGUUGUGACUGAAAUUCAAGGUCAAUUGAAGCCGUCAACAUUUUUGGUUACCUAUUUUGUUUAUAAUGUUGAUAUGAACAAGACACAACAAAUCCAGUACAAUAAAUAA